AGGUUCUCCACCGUGGCUACCUUCAACUCUAAACAGUAUUCGUGUUUUCGAUAGAGGGUCGGCAACCAGCAGCACAUUACCUGACAUACUCGCUGCGCUGCUGAAAAAUGACAACCAAGUAUGGCAUGUUCAUGGAACAUGCCUAUCUUACACCAUCGCCUCCGCCAGUAGGAGGAGAAGAGGCAAGCGAAAAGGGUGGCUCACCAAAGGGCAGUCGCCCUUCGUCGCCAGAUGUUGGAACACAGCUGCGUGAUCAUGGUCUGAACUUUAAGGCGACCAUCGGGAGAAUCGGCAAGAACAACGAUGCAACGUUCGAGACGUUCAAGUCCCUCCAUAUUGGUGACAAAUAUCUAGACCCAAGCAGACGACACCUCCAAGAACAAAAUUUGCAGCGUAAGCAGCAAGUUGUGCCUGCGCCUUUUAAGGCAGCAUCCCCCAUGAAGGUCAGCACGACACCUGGAGACUUCAUCGGCACACUUCAGGGCAAAGUGGAGUACAUCCCGGGCCGCAGCGUAACGGUUCAGAAGACCAAGGCGGACGUCAAGACAGAGCCGCGCGGGUUCUACACAUCCCCCGCCAAACGCGGCACCUUUGGCUUCAACAAGACAACCAUCUCGGAGCGGCAGGGCUUCCGGGGGGUGGCGACGGAGUACGAAUACCAACAUGAUCCAGAUGAAAUGCAGCGGCAGCGGCGGCUGCAGGAGCGGGAAGCAGACUUUGCCGCGCGGCAGGCGCAUCCCUUCCGGCCCUCGCACCCGCCCAAGCGCGGUGGCGCGGGUGUGCCCAACAUCACCAUCAGUAAGGGCAAGGGUGUAGCGGGCGAGUACGAGUACAUGCUAGGAGCCGACCCCGCUGUGGCUCCUCCCGACUUCUCAGACCCAAAUGCGCCCAAGCCGGGAAAGCUCAAAGUGGAAAUCCAAAAGGGCGAGCAGGGGGGUCCGGCCUUCCGCCCCUCCUCCAUCAACCCGCGCCAUCUGGGUCGGCACCCGGAGUACAUCCAUGACCCCGAGGCACCCAAGAUUGAAUCCGAGCACGCCCGGAAGAAGACGGAGCUAGAGCGGCUUGCCAACACGGGUCCCUGGCGGCCAAACAACUCGCAGAAGACGGACAUGAUUCGCAGCAUCGUGCGCAUGAACCUAAAAUAAAUGUAUCAAGG